GAGCCACCCUGUCAAUCACAAUUAAGGAACCAUGGGAGUAAACUGGUAGGAAAGCUAGGCGAAACCACCGUGUUUACGGUCGAGCUUGUUUUAAUUUGCGUUCAGACGACAACUAUGCACCGGUACAGUGUGGGACAUACACAUCCGACCUCUCCAGAUGGGAAUCGCUUCACUUUGACGGGAAUUAGCAUGAGACGUUAAAUAUAACAACAACAAAAAAAAAAAACUUGCCGACUUUCAUUUGUCUGCGCCUGUUUUUUCUUUUCUUUUUUCCUCCUUUUUUUUGCCCCCACAGCCUUCCAGUUUGAACAAAAUACAAAAGUCACCGUUGAUAUUUGUUCGAAAGGCGGUGCCGCCGGGGUUUAUGUUUACUCCAAGCUAAGGAGACACACGUUUAUUUGAGUACAACUCGUGGAAAUCUGGUCUGUGCAUUUCACAGAACUGCCGUGUCGGCGAGUCGACUUUCGGAGGAGUGACGGUACAAGAAGACACUCCCGAAAACAACCAGCGCCAAGCGUCAAUCCCAGCUCAAACUCCAGGGAGAGCAAGAAAAGGAGCAGAAAUGAGCGGGGGAGAGGUGGUGUGCUCGGGGUGGCUGAGAAAGUCUCCUCCUGAAAAAAAGUUGAGACGUUACGCAUGGAAGAAGCGGUGGUUUGUUCUUCGCAGCGGCCGUCUGACAGGCGACCCAGACGUGUUGGAGUACUACAAGAAUGACCAUGCCAAGAAGCCCAUUCGUGUGAUUGACCUCAACUUGUGUGAACAGGUGGAUGCCGGUCUGACCUUCAGCAAGAAAGAUUUGGAGAACAGCUACAUAUUUGACAUCAAAACUUUUGACCGCAUCUUUUAUCUGGUGGCUGACACCGAAGACGAGAUGAAUAAGUGGGUCCGCCACAUCUGCGACAUUUGUGGUUUUAACCCCACCGAUGAUGAUGCAGCAAAAGCUGCUCACCAGUCCGCCAUGGGACUGGUGGUGGAAAACGCUCCACACCCAGGUCCAGGAGUGUUUACCAAUGUGCCGGCCCCUUACCAGCCAGUCAGCGUGCGACACCUGGACUCACAGUCCAGUUCAGAGGAGCCCCAGGAUUACCUGUGGCUUGCUAACUGUGAGAGCAAAAAGCCUGAACCCAGCAGAUCUCAUGCUGAGUGCUCCAAGUCUACCUCUUCAGAGACAGACCUGAAUGACAACCUUCCAUCUCACCGCACGCCUACAUCCUCCACUUCCUCGGCUAAACACACCUCACACAAUGGCUUCUUCCCACCGCACCAGACUCCUGUGUCCGCCCCUUCCAUCUAUGACUCGCCUCCAUCACGCGGUGCCUCACUCUCAACUGACAGCGGCUUUUAUCAUCUUCCUCGCAGCUACUCCCAGGACACUGUGCUGCUCCCCAAGUCAGCCUCCUCCCCUCCGGCUCAUCCAGACGUCGCGGAUGCCUCUGACCUUUAUGUCUUCAACACGCCGACACGGAAGCCCUCAGUAGAGACACAGAUGCGCAACGUUUCUAUCAGUUACGACAUCCCGCCCACACCCGGUGCAAACAGCACCUACCAAGUGCCCCGCACAGUAUCGAACACAGGGGUAGGAGGCUCAGAAAGCGGGGGAGAUGUAGUGCCCCCUCCCAGACCACCCAAGCCUUCCCUCAGUUCCAGCUCAGGACUCCCGCCGCCUCCUGCUGAGCGCUCACCUACAGACACCUAUAGUGUGCCUCGAUCAGCCUCAGAGACAGAUGGAAACUACUGUGUGCCCACAAGCGCUGGGAGUAAGGCUUUACGCAGCAACACUAUUGGCACUGUGGACUGUUCACGCCUCCGCAAAGACUUUGGAUCCCAGGACUGCUAUGACAUUCCUAGAUCAUUCCCUUCUGACAAAAGCUGCUCGUUUGACUUCAAUGAAAGCUUCAACAGCUAUUUUAAAAGCAAAGGAAUGAUGCCAGUGGGUAGCCAUUCUACAGAAGAGGUCGACCAAAACUACGUGCCCAUGAGUGCCAACUCACCGUCACAUCAUCACUCGGGCAGUUUGCCAGAGCCAAUGCACGAAACCAACUACGUCCCCAUGACCCCAGGUACUAUGGAGUUCUCAUCCCUGGGAAAACAGGUUCCUCCACCCGCCCACAUGGGAUUUCGCUCAAGCCCGAAGACCCCUCCCCGCAGGCCGUUGCUUAGUGAGUGCCAUCCCCCACCUGUGGACCGAAAUCUCAAACCCGAUCGCAAAGGUCACAGUCCUAAAAUAAUAAGAGCGGGUUUAGAGCGAACUGACUCUCAAACCGUAGGUGAAUUCCCAAGUCGACGACGCAAGGUAAAACCUGCUCCACUAGAGAUCAAACCAGUGCCAGAAUGGGAUGAGCCAAGCACACCUGUCCGCUCACCUGUGACACGGUCGUUCGCUCGAGAUCCUUCUAGGUUUCCAAUGCCAACGAGACCCCCGUCAGUGCAUAGCACGGCCUCCAGCACUGACUCCGAGGACUCUACUGAACCGAAUUACGUAGCCAUGAACCCUAAUAUGUCCACAGAUGAAGCAAUCACGAAGCUCGCUCCGCCCAUGAAUGCUGACGGUGGGAGUAGCCCUGUGGUAAAACCGAAGGGAGACAAGCAGGUAGAAUACCUGGACUUGGAUCUCGAUUCCGGCAAGUCUACCCCACCUAGGAAGAUGAAAAGCAACGGAACUGGCAUCACAGCAUCAGACGAGCGUGUCGACUAUGUAGUUGUGGACCAGCAACGAACACAGGCCCUUAAGAGCACCCGGGAGGCCUGGAGCGAUGGCCGCCAAUUGACAGAGACAGACACUCCCUCCAAAGGACCCAAGUGACCCUGUUGUCCCAACAACACAACCCCACCACCCAACCCACUCUAAACUACCAAAACGCCACAGCUUCCACACUAAUGCUGGUUCUGGUUUUCGCUUUGGGACGAUCCAGCUGUCCCGUUCCAACCUAACAAGAUCCCUAGUGUGUAAGAGCCAGUGGAGCGUCAUAGCCACUCAACGUUGUUUAGUUUACACUGCUGUCGGGCUUAAAGGAGCGCUGUGUGUACAGCUGUAGAAAGGGGCGUGGUCCAGGAAUAAGCUGUAUGCAGUUUGAGAGCAUGUGGAAAGACUGGACUUGUUUGCAGGAUUUGACCUGAGCAGACUCACCAACUUUGAACAUUCACUGCCUUCUUUCCGGAUUAGUUAUGUCGUCGUUCACCUUUCAGCGGCCUGUGGGCUGAUCCAGAGUUAACAUUUCCUAAAAAUUGUAAUGCUGUUUGAUGUCGUUUUGGAGUGCAAGUGAAAACACUUUAUAACAUGAUCACAGCUCUGUCAGCGCAACACUAAACGUUAGCAUAGCACGUUAACGGUGUUGUGUUUUUGUUUUGUGUUUUUUUGUUUUCCUGCUGUUUGAGCAGGGUGAAGUUACCAUGGACACUGUUAGCAGCUCAGGAAACUGACCCCGAACUGUGUCUAAGGCGAACUUCAAACCGGAAAGCCAGUACGACAAAAUUUCAGAGAAGCAUUACUUUAGAUUUUUCUUUCACUUGCGUAGGCACCUGUACUAAAAUUCAAACUUCGGAUUCACUUGAGGUUUUUAAUCCACUGAACAUGAUUCGAUUUCCAUUUAUUCAGUAAGUGGAGAUGCUUCGAUCUGUUGUAAUGGAAGUGCAAAGACUGUACAAUAGUGUUAUGUAUAUAAACAGGAAAAGUGUCCUUUAUUUGUAUGGAAUAUCCAGCAUGUUUGACUCUAAGGUAUAUGGAUUCUGCAGGGUAGAAUCCCGUACCUGACUCGAUGGUAUCAGCACUUGUGAUAAAUGAAUGAAUUACUGUGAGUUUUUAAAAGAACGUGACAGGUUUUCUCUAAGUUAUGCAAAGGUAUCAAAGCGAGAGAGAGAGAGAAAGAGAGAGAGAAAAAUCAGGUACUCUUUAUGAAUGCAUAUUAAUGCAACUUUCCAUUUCUAAUUUAUUUCUCGAGUUAUUGUAUCAGGUGGAUGUCUUGUCCAUUUUUUUUUAGCUCAGUAUUGAUUGAUAUGGAGGAACAUUUGCUAAAGUCUGCUAAAAUGCUUAGUUUGACAAGCAGUCAAUUAGUUUCACAGGUUCAUUUCUCCUUUCUCUUCCUCAUUUCUCUCUCCACUUAGGUUUAAUUUAUUUUAAAUUGAACUGGCAUACAGUUUUGGGAAAUUGACUGCCUCGUGCAGUCAACUUGAUGCAUAUUUUAGAGACGGAAAGUCUUUGCCUACAUACAUCCCUGCUUUACUUGACUUGACUGUCGGCUCUCCCGCAGAAAUCCCAAGCAUGUGCUGCCACGUGAUUUAAAAAAACAAAAAAACAACUCAUAGCUGUACAUAUUUUGCCAUCAAUUAGAUUUAACAUGUAUCGUUUGAAAGAUGUGCCUACUAAGUCAUCUUCCUCCUACUUCACUCUUUCCUUUAUUGCAGUCUCUUUGUGAAAUGGACUGCAAAGCUGAUAAUGCUUUAUCUUUUUUAAUGAAUCUCAAGAAAAAUGUACAUUUUAAAAGUGGACUAAAUAAAAUCCAGCCUCAAACCCAUCUACAAGUGACCCGCUUGUUUUCUGGAGUUUUGUUUUAUGUUCUUUGCACUGCUUUCUGUAAUUUUUCCAAUCGUAGAACAAUUAAAGAAAUCAUUUCUCUUACACUUAACCUGUGACCUGCAUAUAUUCUCUCCAGUUAUGCCCUCCAAGUAUGUUUAAUCGUCAGGAUUUUUGAUAAGGAAACGACACCAUCGAGGCAGUCCUCGGUCAUCUGAAACGGACACAUCUCAAAACUGUCAAAACAUUUUCUAUCCAGUUGUGACAGCUGAAGACUUUUGAACUACUUUGAAACAUAAGUAAAGCUAAUCGUACAUGGCAGCUGUAAAACAUUU